AUGGCCUUCCUGGCUAAGACACUGGCACUGCUGGCAAUGGCCAUGGCUACUGCGGCUGACGAGGUGAAGCCCCUGGAUAUGGCCGAAGAUUCCUUCGAUGACCAGUACCAGGGCUGUGGCCCUGACAUGACGGCGGCAUUGCUGGCCCUCAACCGCUCCGAGUUCAAGCAGAACAAGAAGUUUGCUGAGGUUUGGGUAAAGGCUGCAGCUGAGUGGCCGCAGCAGGCGCCCUCUGGGUCCCAUGAGGUUACAGACCAGGACAUUGCCCUCAUGGCCUUCUCAAUGGACGGCCUCCACAGUGUGUUCAAUGAUGCUGUGCGAGUGGCCGGGCGUUCCAGCCAGGAAUACCGGGACAACUUCCACUUCAAAACGCUGCAUUUCCUGCUGACUGAUGCCCUGGCAGUAAUGAGGAAAAGUCUGCAAGGGGUGUGUUAUGACGGGUUCCUCCAGGUGUGCGGGAUCCGGUUCGAGGCACAGCGUGGUGAUAAAGUGCGGUUUGGUGAAUUCAUACAAUUAGUGGACAGCAAACAGCUUGCACAGUGCUCUGGGAAGGAGACGGUGUUCACGGUGAACACGUGCCAUAGUGCAGGCCUUGGCUUUAAAAUCGGAGGUUCUCAAAUUGAGUAUGUGCUGAUCCCACCCUUUGAGACUUUUAAAGUCAUCGAAAUUGCCCAGGAAGGGGACAAGACAAACAUCCAGCUCCGCUCCACUGGGACCUACAGCAAAUACAACUGCGAGUGGCUGCGAGGUGACAUUGCAGGGGACAGCCUGGGGGGGAUGGGGACACUCAGCGUGGCCAUGGGGACACCCCUGAUAAGGUGGGAGUGUUCCCAGUGUUUCCUUCCACGUUGGAGGACUCCUCCUGGCCACCACAGCCCUGGCAGUGGCAACAGGGAUCCUCUGAGCCACAAGGCCACAAAGGUCACUGUCUUCACUGUGGUCACUGUGGCCACUAAGGUCACUGUUGUCAUUGUGGCCACCAUGAUCACCUAA